UCAUAGAUAUUUAACGGACGGCUGAGAUCUGUCGCAUUGGCUUAAGGAGGUGGUGUCUAUAAAAGUUAUACGAGGAACCCAAACCCUAGCACUUUGCUACUGCGACUGCGCGCUUCGCACGAUGGGUGCCUACAAAUAUGUCUCCGAGCUUUGGCGCAAGAAGCAGUCUGAUGUUAUGAGAUUCUUGCAGCGGGUGAGGUGUUGGGAAUACCGCCAACAACCAUCAAUUGUUCGUCUGACAAGGCCUAUUCGCCCAGACAAGGCUCGCCGCUUGGGUUAUAAGGCCAAGCAGGGUUAUGUGGUUUACCGUGUGCGUGUUAGGAGGGGUGGCAGGAAGAGACCAGUUCCCAAAGGUAUUGUUUACGGUAAGCCAACCAACCAAGGUGUUACUCAAUUGAAGUUUCAACGCAGCAAGAGGUCCGUUGCUGAAGAGCGAGCUGGAAGGAAGUUGGGUGGCCUCAGGGUCCUCAAUUCUUACUGGGUGAAUGAGGACUCAACCUACAAAUAUUUUGAGAUCAUUCUGGUGGAUGUUGCCCACAGUGCUGUAAGAAAUGAUCCAAGAAUUAACUGGCUCUGCAAUCCAGUCCAUAAGCACAGGGAACUUCGUGGCCUCACUUCUGCUGGGAAAAGUAACAGGGGUUUACGUGGCAGAGGACAUCUAUACCACAAGAACCGUCCAUCACGCAGGGCAACCUGGAAGCGAAACAACACCCUUUCUCUUCGUCGUUACCGCUGAUUUUAUUACUGUAUUGUUAUCUUGCUUCAUUUUCUGAAAAUUUGGAGUGCAUUAUAAGACUAUAGGAAAUUAUCAGUUUUGAACGCCUCAUCCUUUUUUCAACCCCGAAUCCCGUUUUAGUAGCUAAACUGGAGAGAUUAAUGAUGUCAGAUUUUUGCUAUUUGUUGGUAUUGUUUGUUAUUGAUUUUGUGGUAC